CUUUGAAACUUCUCAGUCUCCAUGCUGGACAGUUCAGACAGUUCCUUAUGGAUGAAUAUAAAGUAUGCUCCUCUCACUGCUGGAUUAUUCUUUCUGCAUAUAAGAGUGAAAAAGGAACAGAUUUGUUCCUUAAACUUUCUUUGCCCACUUUACUUAUGUACAAAGUAGACACAUACAUACAUCACUCUCAAAUAAAAAAAUAAAUUUUAAACAUACCAACAUAAGCAUGUCUCACUUAUGCUUAAGUUUAUAUUGUAACUUCUCUGUUGGCAGCCAAUGUAUGAAAAGCUUAAAAAGUGGAGCCGCCACUCCAAUAAAGAUGUUCUUCAUCUUGGUGUUGCUGCAUUAGAGGCAUUCACUAAAGAGGUAUGUGUUUGUAACUUUGCAUGAGCUAAGAUUAGAAUGAUUAAAAGUAUGAGUUUACAGAUUGUAGUAAAAAGACAUUUCCUCCCUAAUGCAACUGGCUAAUUUUUUAAACAAAAAUUUGAUUAGUCAGUUAACACAAUGGAUUGCAUGUAAAGUUGCACUGAUUAACUGGCAGAUAGCUGGUAAUCUAUAUAACUGGCCUUUUGCUGAAUAAUUAGAUAUCAGCAAAUGCAAUCCAAAUGUAAAUGUUGAGAUUUUAAAUAUUUUUAUAUUAAAUUUUAUAUGAAAAUUUGUACUUUAAGAAAAUGGCAUUAAUUUCCUAGUCUUUUUUUUUGUUUGUUUGUUAAUAUGUUCCUUCAAAGCAUUUAACCAACUUCAAGUUUAUCAUUAUUUUUAAACUCUUAUGUGUUGUGAAAUUUUUAAGCCACACUUACACUUAAAAAGUUAAAUUACAAACAUCAUGAUCUGUGCUCCACUUGAUUAAAGUAAGCCAUUAACUGUUGUUUUCUCCAUUACUUUAAUGCUUUGUCCAAUAUGAAGUUUAUCCACUUGCCUAUAAAAACAAUUUUGUUUGUUAAGAUAUGUGAGGCUCUGGUGGAAAAAGCCAAAGAAGGACAGAAAGAAGGGGC